UUUCAGAAUGGCAGAUCUUGAGAAAGUGAAGUGCAGAAAAUGCAGAAAGGUCUUAUUUUCAUCAUCAGAAUAUAUGAUUUUAGAUGCACAUGGGCAAGAAUGCCAUGCUUCAGAUGGAGAUGAUGUCCGGAAAUCAAACAGUGUAUGCACGUCAGUAAUGGAACGAAAUUGUUUAUACCUGUCUGAGGAACACUGUCCAGAUUUCGUCAAUGUAGCUGUAAAUGAGAGUUCUUGGACAAAAGGAAAACUCUUUUGCCCAGGAUGCCAAGCAAGACUCGGAUCUUUCAAUUUUGUGACUGGCAGUCACUGUGCUUGUCGCUCUCACAUAGUGCCACAUGUCCACUUGCUUAAAACUAAGGUUGAUUGGAUAAAAGUUGGAGAAAUAUUGCCACAUACCAUUUCAUUUCCAAACCAAAAGGUUCUACACUCAUCUUCUGAAGCUCCUCAUGAAGCAGAUCAUAUGGGCAGCUUGAGUGAAGCACAGACUCUGACAGCCAACGAUGGAAACAGCUGUAAUGAUGCAUCUUACACUGCUGUUGCACCAUCAGAUGAUCUUGACUGGGCAAUGUAUGAUCAAGGAUCUCCCAGCAUGCUGACUCACAAACAGAAAGAGAUCCUGGAAAACCUCAAGAGCCAACAUAGGCAAAAUGUAAAACAAAAAACUUUGUUGACAAGGAGAUCAAAAUGGAAGAAGCAACAUAUGUGGAAUAUCAGUGAGCUGGAAGAUGAACUGUCCAUUGAGGAUAUGACCCCCAGGGCAGGAAUUUCUUCAAAGUGUUCAAAUUUCCAUGUUUUGCCAUCAGAAGACCUUCAGGAUGAUUCAAGUGAUGAUUCAGACAAGAUUCCAAUGGACUUAAUGUGUCCAGUGUGUCUUGAUCUGCUUUACAGCCCUUUAGAGGUUCAGCCAUGCAGACAUAUAUUUUGUGAACCAUGUUUGAGGAGGGUAGCCCAUCCCAAUCCAACAAAUACAUUGUGCCCUUUAUGUAGACAUAUGAUUGGACAAUGUAUGCCAUCUAGAGAUGUAGGGAAUGAAGUUCGAGAGAAAUAUGCUGCACUGUACAGGGAACGCCAUCAAUUUGAACAAGAACACAGCAGUCAACAUAUGCCAUUACCAUGGAUAAGAGACUUCCGAAGGAGGCAGACUUUGGAAGGUACUGCAUGGACAGAGAGAAUUGGUAAUACUGGGAGGGCAUUUUUGUGGACCCUAUGCUUAAACGUCAUAGGACUAGGCAUUCUUAUUUUUCUGAACUGGCUGCUGAAGAGUGAGACAUAUUUAGCUGAAAGAAAUAGUCAGUAUGAGGGAGAUAAUUAGAAAAUAAUUACGAACUGCACUUAAAUAUACAGCAUACAUAUGGAUGUAUCCUUCUGCGUGCGCACACGCACACGCACGCACGCACGCAUGCAUGCAUUCACAUGCUCGCACUCACUCACACACACACACACACA